CUAUGGUAUCUUCUCUGGCCACUGCAUAAAGCCCGUGAACAAUUGCCCUCAAUCCCAUCGGCAUCCCAGAGUCGUGUCUUCCAGCACUUUAUGGCCCUCUCGCGAGCUCGUUAAUCCCGCCCGUUGCUUCAUCGGAUAGCGGGCCCCGACAUCUCCCCCACGAAAUUUUAUCCCUCGGCCAGAAAUACGCAGAUCUCAAUUCGCCUAUUUAAACAGGCUGGGACAUAGGAAUACCUGUCUCAGUGACUGAGACACAGAGGACAGCCCUCUCGACCAUGUCGUCGACGUCUGCACCGCUCCCGACCUCAACGACAUCCGGUAUACCAGAGCAACGAUCCUCCGCGACCAUGGCCAAUACCGACGCAGCGAGCAGCAGUCCACCGACAGCUAAGAGCUCUAAGCAUGAUUACAAGGGGUUUGUGGCGGGGGUGUUCUCGGGAAUAGCCAAAUUAAGUGUUGGCCAUCCGUUUGAUACAGUCAAAGUGCGUUUACAGACGAGUCAUGAAGGCCAUUUCCGGGGUCCGUUGGAUUGCGUGCUACAGACAGUUCGCAAGGAGGGGAUAAGUGGAUUUUAUAAAGGAGCCACGCCACCGCUGGUCGGAUGGAUGGUUAUGGAUUCUGUCAUGCUCGGCUCCUUAACUCUGUAUCGCCGCUUGUUGCUCGAAAAUGUGUUUUCAAAACCAGACCUCCGCGCCAGGAUCCCGUUUACUAGUCAUCAACCAGAUCUUACCACUUUACCUAGUUUUGGCCACGGUAUUGCAGGUGUCAUGGCUGGAACAACAGUCAGUUUUAUUGCGGCGCCGGUGGAACAUGUCAAGGCACGGCUCCAGAUCCAAUAUUCGGCGGAUAAAUCAAAGCGUUUAUACAGCGGGCCUAUAGACUGCAUUGGCAAGAUUCUUCGCACGCAUGGCAUCUCCGGAUUAUAUCGCGGACUCUGCGCGACCAUGAUCUUCCGGUCGUUUUUCUUCUUCUGGUGGGGAUCCUACGACGUUCUGACCCGGUUGAUGAAGGAGAAGACCAGCCUGUCCGCGCCAGCCAUCAACUUCUGGGCGGGUGGGAUUUCGGCGCAGGUUUUCUGGAUCACAUCGUAUCCGUCCGACGUGGUGAAACAGCGCCUGAUGACGGACCCAAUGGGAGGCGCACUGGGCGACGGGCAGCGCAGGUUCCAGUGGUGGAAGGACGCGGCGGCGGCGGUGUAUCGGGAGCGAGGGUGGAGAGGGUAUUGGCGCGGGUUCGUGCCCUGCUUUUUACGAGCAUUCCCGGCGAAUGCCAUGGCUUUGGUUGCAUUCGAGGGUGUGAUGCGCUGGCUGCCUUCUGUCGACCGCUCGCCGGGCCAGAUCGAUUCCACUUCCGCCCAUCACAUCACCCAUCGGGACCACCUCCAGCCAGCCGCCUUCUCUCCUCCCCGUCAAGCCCGGACCCUGCGUGCACUGUCAAUCAAUCAAACGGCUACGAUGGCCGUCGCACGCUCCAUGCGUCGCACAAGUCCUAUCACCGUGUUCCUCGCUGCACUGCUCGCUUUCGGAUUCCUCUGCUUCCUGCUCUCUCCUUCCUCUUCCUCCGCCGCCGCCGCUCCUAUCACUGAUUCCUCUUCACAAUUACGACGAGAAGACGCCGCCGAACACCCCCUGUCGCCUCCGACAAAACCUUUCUUGAAAUCCCAAGCCCUCCGCGGCGAUGGCCAGAAAGCACCUCCGCCCGUCACCCACUAUAACCUGAACGAGCUCACCAGCACCAGCGACUCCGUCCAGAAAGGGGAACGUAUCCUUAUCUUGACCCCAUUGGCCCGCUUCUACCAGGAAUUCUGGGAUAAUGUGGUGAAACUCAGCUACCCGCACGAGCUGAUCUCCAUCGGGUUCAUCGUCCCCAAUACCAAGGAUGGCAAUGCCGCAGUCACCGCGCUGGAACAGGCAAUCGGCCAGACACAGGCCGGCCCUAUCGACAGCCGCUUCGCCAGCAUCAGCAUCCUCCGCCAGGACUUCGAUCCGCCCAUUCAGUCGCAGGACGAGAAGGAGCGUCACAAGAUGUCCAACCAGAAGGCCCGUCGCGAGUCCAUGAGUCGUGCCCGCAAUAGCCUCCUCUUCACCACCCUCGGCCCCAGCACCUCCUGGGUCCUCUGGCUUGACUCGGACAUCAUCGAGACCCCGGAGACUCUCAUCCAGGACCUGACAGCCCACGACAAGGCCGUCAUUGUUCCCAACUGCUUCCAGCGGUACUACAACAAGGAUUCCAAGAAGAUGGACGUCCGGCCGUAUGACUUCAACUCCUGGAUCGAUAGCGCAACCGCCCAACAACUCGCCGACACAAUGGAUCAGGAUGAAAUUCUUCUCGAGGGAUAUGCCGAGCUACCCACCUACCGCACCCUCAUGGCCUACAUGGCCAACACCAAAGCACCCCGUUCUACCCGCGAAAUCGAGCUCGACGGUGUCGGCGGAACUGCCCUGAUGGUCAAAGCGGAUGUGCAUCGUGACGGCGCCAUGUUCCCCGCAUUCCCAUUUUAUCACCUAGUCGAAACAGAAGGCUUCGCUAAGAUGGCCAAACGGUUAGGCUAUGCCGUAUACGGUUUACCUGAUUACUUUGUAUACCAUUAUAACGAGUGACGGGUCCCACGAGACAAUUCACACGAGAUUGAAAAAGAAAACUAGAAAACGCAAAAAGGGCUAUCUAUAAUUAGACAACUUCUGUUGGCGACACCGCCGUACUUCUUAUUUUACUAUCUGCUCGGUUCUCUAGUUUAUGUCUCCGCGCGCUGUGCGCUACCUUACGUCUGGUGUUUUAGGCGUGUAGUUCUUCAUUUCUCAUUCCUUCGGAUCAUCGUAUAUUCUAUAGGGUUUGGUGCGUUUGGCGUCGAUAGGUUAUAUAGAUUAAAAAUUCCGUGGAUGUAAACGGUGUCCGGUGU